UGCAAUUUCCCUUUUCACACACUCACAAAUGCCUCAAAUACAAUAGGAUAACACACAUGAACACACCCUAAGAAGACUUAUUAGCACAAAAAUCCCCACACAAAAAUAAUACCAAACAACAAUAAUCUUCAAUUAAUUAAUUGGGAACUGGAAAUGGAGGGGAAAUUGGGGCCUGUAAUGGAGGUCUGAGGGAACGUAUAGGCCUCAGCUGUGAGGGGACGACUUUUGUGGGGCCAAACGAUUGUGUAGUAUUAUGUUUAAAGGAAAGAUGCCGGGGAAAGAAGAUGAAGGAAGAAGGGUUGGUCAUAGAUCCAGAUUGGCAGUAUCGUUUCAGAAAGGCCAGCUUCAAUCAGCUUGGAAAGAAGAGCUUCAGUCCAAGCCUUUUGAAGAAGCGCUGUCUUCUUCAGAUUCUGCUGGUGGUGUUCAACAAGGAAAGGUUCCUCUUUCACUUGCUGCCUCUUUUAAGAAGCCACUCCUAGAUGGUUUGGAUCAGCCAGAAGACAGUGUCGCUAAUAAGCAAACAGAAAAGAACCAAGAAAAUGAAAUCUUCCACCAGCAGCGAUGUGCUGCCAUUACCAGUGAUAUGUGUGACAUGCUCCUGGGUGGAGAUCGUAGUUACCAAGGAUGUAUGAGCAGUGUGGCAGCAUUCAUUAUGGAGAGAGAGGUUGAGAACAGCCAGAGCCCUUACAAGGAGACAUAUGAACUGGUUGCUCUGGGAACAGGAGACAUUUGCUAUGAAGGUUGGAUGGAGUUUAAUGGCAGGAGAGUCCAUGACAUGCAUGGAAUGGUGGUUGCCCGCAGAGCACUGCUGAGAUACUUUUACAAGCAGCUACUGAUGUACUGUAGCCAAGACUCCACUGCCCUUGAGAAGUGCAUCUUCUGCCCAGCAGGUGAUGGAAUACACUUGGCUCUGAAACCAAAGUACUUUUUGCAUCUCUAUCUGAGUCGAACACCCAGUGGAGCUUCAGAGAAUUUCCAAACUGUCUCUUCGCGGCCGAAUCCAUCUGUUGGACUCCAUAUUAGCAUUAAAGGGAAGCUGAGGCCUGUCUCGUACUGCCGCCCCAGUGUACACUCUGCCUUUGUCUACUGUGUGUCUGGCAGUGAUAAACUGACCCGCUGGAGUGUUUUGGGAGUCCAGGGUGCCCUCCUCAGCCAUAUCAUCCUCCCUGUGUACAUCACUAGUGUUGUCCUAGCUGAUCCUUACCAAGACCAUACUGUCCUCCAUGAAGUCGUCAAUGAUCGUGUGCAGCUGGGACCAGGGAAUGGCUUACCAAAGCUCUAUAGCCAGAAGCAUAUGUACUUCUUUGAAGGCCCACCCAUAGCACCUCUUGAUGCGCCCGCAGACUGUCGCUCCUUGAGCCUCAAUUGGUGUGGUGGAGAUGACAUGCUGGAGCUUGUGAACGGGACUGUCGGGCAGGCAGUACGGGACAUGACAAACCCAGGAGACCAAUACCGCCCCAGUCGGCUCUGCAAGGCUGCAAUGUGGAGCAUGUUUAGAAAGGUGGUUCAGGAGAUGAAGAGAGAGGACCUGGCAUUGCUGCCCACAUACCACAAAGGCAAAGUUCAAGCGGAAGCCUAUCAGAGUGCCAAGCUCCAGAUGUACACGCAGCUGAGAUUGCAGGACUUUGGCAAGUGGCCCCAAAAGCAGCUGGUGGACAACUUUGCCAGUUAGAUUGGCCUUGCAGCUAAGCUACUCCUUGCAUAUUGAAAAUCUUUUGAUGGAGAGGUGUAUGGAUGCAGGGCCUGUAAUCUUUGAUGAGUCAAAUAGAGUUGUUGUGUUUAAGAGGAAGUUUGAGCUAGAAAUAUUUGUUUAGACGGUUUUUCGGUGACUGUUCUCAUUAUGCAUUUCCUAUGAUACAAUAGAAAGAAUGAUAUAGAAUUUAGGAUUGUUGUGGUUCCUCAAAUGGACUUGUAUAUCAGAGACCUUGUAUGUUUGUUUUUUGUUCACCAUAUUUGGAUGUAACAGUAAUCUCUCUCUCUCUCUCUCUCUCAGAAAAUUGAAUUUUUUUAUCCUGGAUUUAUUUUUUUCUCUCUGAUCAAGUGCAAUGGUAAUAAUUAAUGGUAAGAUUCAGUAUCUCAUAUUUUAAACUGAAUUGCAAAUUAGCUUCUUCAGUUUGUCCUGUUCAGAUCUCAGCAUUACUAUUCCAUUUGAGGACGAAUUACAUUAAAAACCGACACAUUGGUGUUUAACUAGAUGUACUGUAUUUCUUGGUGUUGGUUUGUAAUCUUUGUUUGGAAAUAUGUUGGCUCGUUCUGUGUUUGUUGUAUUUCCUGUGUUUGUGGAACCAUCAUACUAAAUAAACGUUUUCCUUUAA